AGGCCCUGAGGUCAAAUCCCAAUUCCACCAAAAAAACCAUAAAUUAAUUAAAAAAAAAGUAUCCAUGACCCUGUGUUUUAUUGCUAGUGGUGGUCUAAACAUGACCCUUCCUUAUCCCCAUGAAGCUGCUGUCAUGGCAGAUCAUAAUAGCUUUAUCAGUAAUCCAUAAUAGCUGUAAUAAUAAUUCAUCCAAAAAUAUGUUGUUUCUCGGAUUUCUAGUAUAAUUAUCCCUCGUGCACCAGCAGUUGGAGUGAUAAUGGAGGGGCAAAGAACUAUUUGUAGAGGUGUUUUUUCAGUCAUUGUAGGCCAGUCCUCAGCAUCAGGAUGGGGGAAGCUGAUUGUCCCCUCUAGAUGACUGGGUUACUUUCCUGACUAUGUCUUCAUGGAGCCAGGUUCUAGAACCAGGGAAACUGUCCAGUUCCCUAGACUCACUGCAAACUCCUUGGUUUCUACAAGGACCUAGCUCUCAGGUCUGUGAGUCAGGAGAUACGAAGACCUCCACAAAAGGACCAGUUCCUCGGAUGUGCCCCCUCACAGAGAGAUGAAGGGGCAGCAGAAAUCAGCUGAAACGGAAGAGGGGACAGUGCAGAUUCAGGAAGGUGCAGUGGCUACUGGGGAGGACCCAACCAGUGUGGCUAUUGCCAGCAUCCAGUCAGCUGCCACCUUCCCUGACCCCAACGUCAAGUACGUCUUCCGAACUGAGAAUGGGGGCCAGGUGAUGUACAGGGUGAUCCAGGUGUCUGAGGGGCAACUGGAUGGCCAGAGUGAGGGCACUGGCGCCAUCAGUGGCUAUCCUGCCACUCAAUCCAUGACUCAGGCAGUGAUUCAGGGUGCUUUCACCAGUGAUGAUGCAGUUGACACAGAGGGAACAGCUGCUGAGACACACUAUACCUACUUCCCCAGCACUGCAGUGGGAGAUGGGGCAGGGGGCACCACAUCAGGGAGUACAGCUGCUGUCGUUACCACCCAGGGCUCAGAGGCACUACUGGGGCAGGCAACUCCUCCCAGCACUGGUCAAUUCUUUGUGAUGAUGUCACCACAAGAAGUAUUGCAGGGAGGGAGCCAGCGCUCAAUUGCCCCCAGGACCCACCCUUAUUCCCCGAAGUCAGAGGCUCCCCGGACAACUCGGGAUGAGAAACGCAGGGCUCAGCAUAAUGAAGUGGAGCGCCGCCGCAGAGACAAGAUCAACAACUGGAUCGUGCAACUGUCCAAGAUCAUCCCAGACUGCUCUAUGGAGAGCACCAAGUCAGGCCAGAGUAAAGGUGGAAUUCUAUCCAAAGCCUGUGAUUAUAUCCAGGAGCUUCGGCAGAGUAACCACCGUUUGUCUGAAGAACUGCAGGGGCUAGACCAACUGCAGCUGGACAAUGAUGUCCUUCGGCAACAGGUGGAAGAUCUUAAAAACAAGAAUCUGCUGCUACGAGCUCAGUUGCGGCACCACGGAUUAGAGGUCGUCAUCAAGAAUGACAGCAACUAACUGAGGAUUCAGGGAUGUUGGGCCUGAGAACUGCAGAUAACCCAGGAGCAACAGCACAUCUUUCCUUCACUGCCCACUCUGGCUUAGGACUGAGGGGAGUUAGGAAUGCCUGUCUUUGAACUGAGGCCCUGUGGUGUGGCAGCCUGCAGUGGUGUGAAACACACAGUGUGGACAUGCACUGACAGCCCUGCCCACCCCCCACCUUGCAGCCCUUGGGCUCUUGUGCUCCUCUUGCACAAUGCAUGUGCUGACUCCAUGAUGGAUACUGGACACACUAAACUGGGGGGCCUGCCCUGUGCUUGCUUAGAGUGCCCGGCAGAGGGAUCUGCUGACAGGUGGUACUCUGGCUUGCUCUAGGACUCUGGGUCUGUCAUUGGUUCUUCCUUCCUCUGGAGCUGAGGUUCAGAUGUGCACUGACCACUCUGGAAAGCAGGUUUAAUCAAGAAGUGGGGUAGGAUGCUUAGCAGUAGCUGCUAUCCCACGAAGAGGAGUCAGGUCAGCAAGCAGCUGAGGCCUAUGCAGAAGUCUCUGAAGCCAGGGAGAACAAUAGGCAGGGGCCCACUUGGGGCCUUUCCCCUUAUGGGGGGGGGGUUCUUUUUUUCUUUCUUUUCUUUUACUUUUUUUUUUUUUUAAAGAUAAAAUUGUUCAGAGCCA